UAUUUCUUCUUCUUUUUUCUGCAUGUAUUAUUUUGUAUUGAUCCUGUCUCUUGUUUCUGCUGCACCUUUGAAUACACAGAUUAAACUAGUGAAUCAAUGUGGCUAUACACUUCAGAUAGGCUAUCAGACAAACAAUGCACCUCAUCAUCACAUCAUUCAAGUACAAGAUACACAUACACUGACAGUAGCCCAUCAUUGGGCAGGUAGAAUAUGGGCCAAAGCAUCGAGUGGGGAUUACCCUGCCACUUUGGCUGAAUUUAGAUUGGGUGAAUUAGAUUAUUAUGAUGUAUCGCUUGUGGAUGGAUUUAAUCUGCCUUUGCGUAUUGAACCUCAAUCAACAGAGCAUGUUGAGCUUAGACACUGUCAACCCUCUGGCUGUCUUCAAUUACCCUCAUGCCCCAAGGAUUUGCAAGUAUUUGACCAGCAUCAAUUGGUUGCCUGUGCUAGUCCUUGUUCAGUCUAUGGAACAGACGACUAUUGUUGUACAGGCACAUCUGGGACAUCCAAUACGUGUACUUUAAAUUAUUAUGCACAACAAGUCAAACAAGCCUGCCCUGAUGUUUAUAGUUAUGCAUUUGAUGAUGCAACAAGUGUCUAUGGAUGUAAAACGCAUGUAUAUCAUGUUGUCUUUUGUCCUCAAUAAACGUUUAUUCUUCCAUUUCUUCUUCUUCUUCUUCUUCUUC